AUGUUAGGGUUUCGGGCGUUUUAUAGAUUUUCGACAAUUUUCAUCACGUGCUUGUCCUUGACCGGAGGUUCAGAAGAAAGCAGCCGUGUGAAACGCGUAAGAGCAGGAGUUUCUGAAGCAGUAAGGGACCCAGCACAGGCACUUGAUGCCCCUGAACCAGAACCGGCGAGCUCUUCUGCUGGUGUUCCACCCUUCUUCCUCAGUCCCUUGGUGAAAGAAUACCUGGAACUUGGCAUGGCUAUACCUGGGAAACCAGGGACAGAUUAUCCAAUACUUGGUGCAGUACCUUACACCAACUUUUACUGCGACGAGCAACCUUAUCCAGGAUUUUUUGCUGACAUGGAAACGCGAUGCCAAGCGUGGCACUACUGUGAUAUCGACGGGCGCCAGGCGUCCUUCCUCUGCCCCAACGGUACGGUGUUCUCGCAAGGGGUGGCGUCUUGUGACUGGUGGUUUAACGUCCGAUGCGCGCUCUCACCAGCCCUGUAUCCGCUGAACGCUAGAUUAUAUCGGCGAAGAAGGAAGCCCUCUCGCCCAAAACCUCAUAGGCUGAUAGACAAGAAACUUGUCGAUGAAAUAUUUUUGUAA